CAUGUGAGCAUGCCAGCAGGGAGGAUGUGGUUGUCAUAUGGAGAUGGAGGCAUGCUGGAGUUUGAGUGCAUCACUCUGACCUAAUGAGCAGCAAACAUAGUACCAGCUGCAAAAAGCCAAAGUCAGCUGUCACUGACUGCAUUGCACACAAUACUAUAUUCAAAUAAAGCAAGACUCAAGGUUAAAACAGGAUACAAAAUUUUUUGAAGGAGCCUGCAAAAGUCAGCCUGCCCUAUCAUUUGGUUUUCCGCUCACAGCUCUGAUUUGAAGGCACCAUGGACCACACAGUGGAUAUCAUCUCUGAUCCAGAUCCGUGGCUCAACACAACAACUGCAAACAGCACGUCCAGUUACAGGCCUACCAUGUCACCAGUAAUGGACAAAACCAUCAACAUAAUUAUGAUAAUCGUCUUAUUCGUAACUAUGGUUUCACUGGGAUGCACCAUGGAGGUGUCCAAGAUCAAGCAUCAUAUGAGGAAACCUAAGGGGGUGGCUAUCGCAGUCGUGGCCCAGUAUGGCAUCAUGCCUCUCACAGCUUUUUGCUUAGCUAAGCUGUUUAAGUUGGCUGAAAUAGCAGCUGUGGUGGUUCUGAUCUGUGGCUGCUGUCCUGGAGGAGCUCUCUCCAACAUCCUGGCUCUGGCUCUGCAGGGCGACAUGAACCUCAGCAUCGUGAUGACCUCCUGCUCGACGUUGCUGGCUCUCGGUAUGAUGCCUCUCCUGCUCUACCUCUACUGUCAGGGUUUCUCCGACCUGCAGAACGCUGUCCCUUAUGUUGAAAUUAUGAUAUCACUGGUCAUGAUCCUUGUGCCGUGCGGCAUCGGCAUCAUCAUCAAUACCUACAGGCCGCAGUACUCGAGGAUCAUCACAAAGGUAGGACUAAUUAUAAUGAUGAUUUUUAUCGUGGUGAUCGUCACCUUAACCAACAUCGGAAUCGGAAGAGUCAUGCUGACUGUGCUGUCUCCUCCGCUAUUGGCCAUCGCUGCUCUCAUGCCUUUGAUAGGCUACUCCUUUGGAUAUGUCCUCUCUGCGAUCUUCAGACUCAACCAGGCGGAGCGGAGGACCGUUUCUGUGGAAACAGGCUGUCAGAACAUCCAGCUGUGCAUCACCAUAUUGAAGAUAGCUUUCCCCCAGGAAGUGAUAGGCCCUCUGUUUCUGUUCCCAAUGAUCUAUGCGUCUUUUCAGGGGACGGAGGCAUUGGUGCUCAUCGUGCUGUUUAGGUGCUACCAAAGAUUCAUGAAAAAGGAGAAAGAGACUUACCAGCCUGCGGUCACUGAAGAGGAGCUGAAAGAGACGACUGAGGGGACUGUGUGACCUCAAUCACCACCCAUGUAUUUUUCUAUUAAUGUGAACUUUUACACCACAGCGGCUCCAGACGAAGUAAACAAAACUCCUACAGCUGACUAAACAAGCAGAAAAAUGUGCAGCUGUAUAGCUUGUCAUGAUUUUUAUACUGUAUUGUGAUGUGAAACCUCUAAGUGCAUUAGAAACUUCAGUUAUUUCAGUUUUUUAUUGGUUAAGUCUGUUGUCUUUCUACACCAUGCAAACAUCAUCAUAGUUUUGACUGAAAAUAAAAUCCUCAUGUACAAAAAUGUGUUUUUCCAAACUCAUUUAAAAACUACAUUUAAAAGUCUGUAAUCUACACACAAAUCCCAAAU